AUGCUACCACAACAACAAUCACUCGAUAUUCUUGUCGAAUUUCUUCAAACUAAUGAAAAGCUACACGUACAAGGAAUGGAUAUUGCAACUAUUCGUGAAUUAGCUCGUAUUGUAAUUGAAGAGAAUGCUUUUGUCUAUCGUAACAAAUACUAUCAACAGAUUAUUGGUGGUGCUAUGGGAUCACAAUUUACACUAACUUUAGCAAAUAUAUUUAUGUGGAAAUGGGAAAAAGAAUCGAUUUGUAAACAAUUACCAUCAUUCGAAAUUUAUGGCCGAUAUAUUGAUGAUAUUUUCUUUACAUGGAAUGAUUCACAAGAGAAACUAGAAGAAUUACUACAAAAACUAAAUGAUCAUCAUCCAAAUAUUAAAUUAGAGUAUAAAAUUGGACAAAGUCUUCCAUUUCUUGAUACUCUUACUAGUAACAACAAUGGUGUUCUUUCAACAUCUGUCUAUCAUAAAACAACUUCAGAACCCUACGUGGUACCAUUUGAAUCUGAUCAUCCUCGUCAUAUAUUUCGAAAUAUUAUUCGAGCCGCUCUUUUACGUGCUAUAAGAUAUUCAUCAACAUUCGAAGCAUUUAAUACUGAAAGACGUAAUAUACGAUUAAUGUUAUUGUUAAAUCGUUAUCCAUCAACAUACAUUGAUGGUGAAUUUCGAACAUUUUUCAAUCAAUACGGUAUCUAUGAUUCAUAUUCUUCCAUUCUACCGAUGAUCACUGAUGAAAGUCAAUUUCUUGCAAUAUCUAAUCGAAUUGCACCGACACCUACUCCUAGACAAUCACAAGUGGCUUUGGACAUAGCAUCGUCCAAGAUUGAACAUUUCGAUCAAGAUAACAACCAACAAAAUGUCUUACCAAUGAAUCCAACUGUUCAAACGAAGGACAGAAAUAAAAAGUUUAACAAAGCCCUCUUUCUACACUACACACAUGAAAAAAGAUUGAGACCCCUCAAGCGUGAUAUUCACGAAAUUUAUCAAUCUACUUUCAAACACACAAUCAUACGUAACGUAAACCUCAUAGUUGGUUAUCGAAAUAAUCCAAAAUCGAAAACCGAACUAAUACGC